AUGGCAGCAAAUGGUGAAUCAAACCCCAUCGCCGCUGGUAUUAUUGGAAGUUGUCGGUACAGUGAUUAUCUGCACAUCAUUUCCAUUAAGAAUGAUUCGACUUUAAAGGAGAUCUAUGAAUCUAUCUUAAUGAAGUGGAACGAUAUACAUCCCGACAAAUUGGUGCUCCAAUACUUGGCUCCCCGUGAAAGAAUGUUUGUCACACUGACUUCUGACGAAGACGUGGUGAAUAUGGUUACAUUGCAUUUGGUAAUGCACAUGAGUGUGGUCGACAUUAUGGUGAGCCGCACUGAUGCACUUGAUGGGCGUAGAAGGAGGACCCCCAGCAACGGUGAGUCUGUUAGUUCCAACAGUCCGUUGCAAAUUGAGUACAAUCCGGUUGGAGAUUCAAUUGAUGCAUGGAGACAUUGCAUACGCGGGGAGAAUCAAAUUUUCAAAGAUGCUAAUGAUUUUAGGUUUAUGCUAAAAAAUUACUGCAUUGCUAACAAUCGAACCUUUAAGUACAAGAAAAAUGAUCAACAAAAGAUCAUAGCCGUAUGCAUUGUUGAAAAUUGCAAAUGGAGGGUUUAUGCAUCAGUUCAUAAAUCAGACAAGUUAUUCGGCAUUCGCAAAUGUAUUCUUGAGCACAGUUGUGGUGAUGCUACUCUUCAUACAAGGGGUCAUCCCAAAGCCGAUGCUACGUGGAUUUCGCAACUUAUGAAACAAAAAUUGAGAGAUGAGCCAGAUUACAAACCAAUUGCUAUUUUGAAUGAGGUCCAAAGAAAGUACGGUGUGGAGCUUAAGUACUAUACGGCGUGGAGAGGUAAGGAAAAAGCAAUGUAUGACAUUCAUGGGGAUGAGUCGAGUUGUUAUGAUAAACUGAGACGUUAUUGUCGUGCACUAAAACAGAAUAACCCUGGUAGUUGUGCCGAUUAUGAGAUUGACCCUCAAACUCAAAAGUUUCUUCGGAUCUUUAUUAGUUUUGGAAAUUCUAUUUUGGGUUUCCACCGUGGGUGUAGGCAAAUGAUAUGUUUGGAUGAGACUCAUAUUAAAAAUAAGUACAAAUGUUGCUUACUUUCUGCUGUGUCCAAAGAUCCAAAUGAUGAGUUAUACACAUUGGCCUAUGCAAUUGUUGAUGCCGAGAAUGAUAGAAAUUGGGAGUGGUUUUGUAAUAAGCUGAAAGAGAUUCUUGUUUAUCACAAUGGGGGUUUAUUGAAAAAUUACACAAUUUUCUCUGAUCGUCAUUCGGGGCUUAUUAAAGCCAUUCCACUGGUAUUUCCUGGUAGCAACCAUGCUUAUUGUUUGCGACAUUUGGAGGAUAACUUUAGAACAAAGGUUCUAAGAUCGUAUCCAUUGCACAACAAAGCAUAUUGGGUGAGUGUUCUACAUAAGGCUGCAAUUGCUCCUACUCGGCAAGAGUUUGAGGAACAUAUAUCUCAUAUAGUUCAAUCAAUGCCUCGUGCGGAAUCAUUUAUCCGAGAUUCGGAUCCCAAUCGUUGGGCCAAUGCAUACUUUUCUGGGGAUAGAUGGGGAAUAAUGAACAGUAACCAAGUUGAAUGCUGGAAUGGUUGGGUUAAAGAUGAACGAUCUUUGUCAGUUCCAUCCAUGAUUGAUAUGAUACGAAUCAAAAUAAUGAAGAUGAUAGGUAAUCGACGGGAAGAUUCUUUAGUCAUGGCUGGUACAGUGUGUCCAAGAGUUGAAAAGAGAUUAUUAAUCAACUAUACGGCCUCUCGCUUAUUAAAAUAUACCAGUUCCAGUGGUACGCGUUAUGAGGUGUAUGAAGAGGAUAAGUCGUAUGGUGUUGAUUUAGAGACUAGGACCUGUACUUGCAAAUCUUGGCAGUUGGAUAAACUUCUGUGCAAACAUGCAUGUGCAUGUAUUGAGUCGAAAGGAUAUUCGGUAUUUGAAUUUGUUGAUCCUUGCUUCCGGGUUGAUUUGUACAAAGAAGUAUACAAGUACACAAUUAAUCCAAUUCCUUCAUUUGAUGAGGAAUUUGAUUUGUACAAUGCACAAACAAAUCAUGGCCCGGAAGAUGUAUUUAUUAAUCCACCUGCAUCGAAAGCUCAACCAGGACGUAGAAGGACGAAAAGAAUUCCAUCGCAAGUCGAAACCCGUGUUACGAAGUGUGCACGGUGUGGUAAACCUGGACAUAAUCGCCGUACGUGCAAACAACCAGUCCCGUAG